AUGAACAAGAUAGCCAUUAGCGACCUUUUAAAUCCACCCACUGCUGGUCCAGUGACCAGCAAUUUAGAUUCGAUCAAUAACCAAUUAGUGACGAUAUGUUCCAAAUUCCCAACUGCAAAAGAGAAUGUAGAUGGAUCAUACCAGAUCCAACUACAUAAUAUUGUUUCCUUUCUAUCUACUUUGACGCAGUCUACCAACUUAACUUCAAAGGAUUGUUCAAAUAUACAAUUAACAUAUGAAUUGUCCUCAAUGCUAGGAAAGGUGCUUAAGGAUAUGGUUCUACUUAAUGGAACAGAAGAAGUAGAGAAAAAGAAAGUCAAAGAAGAAGAAGAGUUGGAAACAAAUUCAAAGUACGUAUUUAAUGUUAUUACACAGGAUAUGAUGAUUCCUGAAAAGAAUAAGCCGCAUAGGGGACACAGAUUACCAAAGGAAAAAGUUAAUCGGUUGGAACAUUGGUAUCUAGCACAUAUUCAAAAACCGUAUUUAGAUUCGAAGAAUUUAAAAGUGCUUAUGGAAGAAACUAAAUUAUCAAAAGUACAAAUCAAGAACUGGAUCUCUAACAGGAGGAGGAAAGAAAAAUUAUUGUCAAUAUCACCUGAUAUUGUUGAAAUAAUAAAUACCCAAAGUUGUCAAUAA